CCUGUUCAACGUUGACAUUGCUCUUCAAGAUGGCCGCGGCCACUGCAUGCCGUCUUUCUGCAAUUUGCAGACAAUUUCAGCGCGUUAUUAAAAUAUCUUCACCCGUAAACGCUCAGCGCUCCUCACAGGCCUUGGUCAGCUAUCACUCCUGCCUACAGAGGCAAAAUGACGAUCUUUUUCGGUUCAGCCGUCCCUCACAGUAUCGGCUUCUCCAUACAUCCUCCAGCAGACGGAGCCUUGAAGAGUUCUUUGACUUGCCUGAAAACUGGGGAGAAACGACAGUUAAAUCAGGUGCUCCAUGGACUGCCAAACAGCUCAGGACAAAAAGUAAUGAAGAUUUGCACAAGCUAUGGUAUGUUCUUCUAAAGGAAAAAAACAUGUUGCUUACGAUAGAACAAGAAGCUAAACGACAGCGUGUUCAGAUGCCCAGUCCAGAACGCAUCAAGAAGGUUGAAAGAUCUAUGCGGAGGCUUGACACCAUUGUUAAAGAGAGGGAAGAUGCUCUCCGCUUACUACAGACGGGACAGGAGAAAGGGAGACCGGGAGAAUGGAGGAAAAAUGUUUUUGGCAAAACAUUCUGGUACCGCUUUAGAGAACAUCCUAUUCCUUGGUACAUGAACAGGAGAUACAAGAGAAAACGUUUCUAUACACCUCCAUUUGUUGCCCCUUACACAAGACUGAGUCUUGAGAAACACUUGCGGAGUAAAGUGCGGAGAGAAGCAAGGGAGAAAAGAAAGCAACAGAAGCUGGCGGAGGUGUUUCCCAAAAACACUGCCCAAGCAUGAGGUGACCAAGACAAAAAGCCAGUGUCUUCUGCAGCACAGCUGACAUCCUUAUAUAUCUUAAACCAUUUCUUCACAUGUUGGGGCUCAUCUUAUAGUCAUAUAACUGCAAAUGUAAAGUUAGGUGUGCAGUUCAGCCACGAAGAUAAAGGUAUAACUGUUCAGGUUGUAUGUUUGUACUCCUAUUAUAAACUUAAUGACUGCUAAAAUUAAAACUUGAAGAGUCUGUGUUUUAGUAUUGUACAUGCACGUCACCCAAUUUUGAAGUGGCUGAAUGUUCAUUUAUUGUUGUAGUGACCCCUCAAUAACCCCUCUUAGAUUAUGUUUGUCCAAGUAUGAACAGGACAGGCACAAAGUUGUAACAAAAAUCUUUAUUUUCAAAACGGCCGAUCAAUAAUUAAAAGAAUAACAAAAUUUGCCACAGAA